CAACAAUGGCGAUUGAAUUAUUCUUGUUUCCUACAGAGCUAAUAUGGCGCAUCCUAUCAAUUCUUGCCCCAAGGGAUAUUUGUCGCUGUGCAAUAACUUGCAGAGCCUUCUGGAAUAUGAUCCAGAAUUCUGUACACAUUCAAUACCAGCUUGAGCUUUAUGCUCAAGGUUUCAUUAAGACCGCUACCAUGGACUCGAUUGAUGUCUCCAGAGAGAUGUCCUCGCUCAAGAGAUCGACAUCUUUGUGGCGGUCUGGCUUACAUUUGAACACGGUCUUGGAAGAACGACUGAUGAAUUCUACCUUCCCAGAACAUCCCUCGCUACCAUGGCUACGAUUCGGUAUGAAGUGUGGUCUUUUGUGGAUGUUGGUACAGAGUGGUCUCUUCAUUAGGGACUAUAACACAAAUACCAACCUUUCCCGGACGUGGGCCAUACAUGACUUGUCCUCUCAGCGCCGCCCGAAUUUUCUUAUUGUAGAUCCUCUGCAAGAUCUUGUGGUUAUAGUCUCCUUGUCUGGUAUCAUCACUGUGGCCGACACCGAACAAGAUUACCAUGCCUUUUGGGUGGAAUGUCGGUCAGCUUCAUCCCAGCAUCCCCACCCGGACUCUGCCUGCGCUUCCUUGGAGUGCAAACAUACUUUUGAUAUACGUGGCGUGUACCAUGUCGAUUUGAUUGGAGAACCUGCGAUUUAUGAGAAUGAAUCUUAUGAACGUGCGUCUGCCACGUUCAUGCAAGCUAUUGAUUGGAGGAAAGGAUAUGUGAAGAGUCAUCUUUUCCCAGACUAUUAUCAGCAAGGCUCUCAGCAUCAAUUCUACGUAGUCGACCAACGGACAAUUGUUGUCAUUGGCUCGAGCUUUAUAACCGUGCACACAUUACAGGAUAUCGAUGGGUCGCCGCGGCCUAGACUCACGUACCUCCUUCCAAAGUGCCACCAUUCAUCCUUUCCAUUCAUGAUUGUUCAUGCCAGCCCAUCGUUCAGUGGCACAGCCCCUCGCGCAGAUCUUAUGCCCGGCUAUGUGCCCUCUCUAGAGUCACAAAUCAUUGUUUUAGAGCUUAUCUCACGCCCCCGCACACUGUCUAUUAUUCUGGUCAUUGAUACAGUGAUCUUCUCAGGAGCGGCUUUGCAGUCAGAGACACAUGUCAAGAUUCCCUGGUCCGAUUGGGGACCCCAGCAUACGUGCUGCUUUCCGCAUGACCCUAGCUACCAAAUCAGUGUGUUCGGUAGCAAAAUGGCUUAUACCCUCCCUCGAGAUCAUUCCCCUGAACCUGGACAAAGAUUGGAAAAACUCUCCGCCGCAGGUCACUUCUACAUCCAUAUCUGGGACUUCAAUAAACGAGCGAUUACUCGUUCGGGGAAUUUCUACAAUCCCGACUCACCAGACCUUCUCGUUCGUAAGCCUGGCGGGGUAGUUCAGUCGUGCUUUGAUGAGGAAAUCAUCUCGAAUCACCCUUACACUGCUACCGUCUGCCGUGCUCCAUUUUUGACAUAUGGCUUGCGUGAAUUAUUCUUAGAACAGGAUAGACUUAUCUUGACCUCGGUGCAACCUGGUACAGUUGAUAUUCAAGUCGUCUCUCCGGUACAAAUGGAUGUUGGGUCGGACUUUACGCACUAGAAUCAAAUUCAGUUGUGCAGGAAGAACAACAAGUCAUCAUGCUUCCGAGUCAUUCGACGAGUCUUGUGUAAAUCAACAUUACCGUGGAAUCGGACCGUU